CACAAGACAGGUAUAUGUGCAGUUCGUUCAUGAGUAUGGUUGUCACGUGAGUGAUGGUCACUCAGGCGGACAUAGACGGGAAUGUGCACAGGGUUCUCAUUGUUUGGUAAGUUCUACGAUAGACUUUGAUCAGUUAACUUUUUUUUGUUUAAAAUCGAACCGCAUUUAUAAGUUGGCUAAAAUGACCCGUUAUGUUUGAGACACACAUGCCAUACGUCCUGGAUUGUCCGGGACAGUCCAGGAAAUGAAGAACUUGUCCCGCUGUCCCGGAAAUCUGUCAAAUGUCCCGGAAUUUACAAAAUCCAUAUAUACAUGUACCUUAUCUUAGGCUUAACUGCUCCUCGAAUCUAUGUAUAUCUGCAGCAUCUCCAUGACAAUGCCUACCCGAAUAGGCAGACUACGCUACGUGUAUAUCCAGAAGCAAAAAGGGUAGCGAAUUCGUGUUUUGCAAAACAUGUGACAUGGACUUUUCCAUCAGCAGUGGUGGUCACAAUGAUAUCACCAGACACCUGUCGUCCAAGGUGCAUACGUCUAACAGAAGUUCAUCAGCCAGUACACCUCUCAUCUGGGAUACCUUUAAGCCAACCAUCUCCGACCCAGUCGCGAAGGCGGAAGUGUAUUUUGCAUCGUUUGUAGAACAUCACCUUCCCUUCACAAUUGCAGACCAUUUAACGGACUUAGUUAUAGUGAUGUUCCCGGAUAGUGACAUAGUGCGGAAGUUUAGGUGCAAGAGAACUAUAACGGCUAACAUUAUCACAAAGGCAUUAGCGCCUGUCGCACAGAAACGUGUAGAUGCUCUGUGCAUGGAGAACAAGUUCAGUAUCAUGAUGGACGAGUCUAACGACCAAGGUGACAAGAAGUGCGUAGCUAUUCUCGACCAAGUGUAUGACUCGUCCGUUAUCAAAGUGACCACUUGUUUCCUGGCUAUGCCGGUAUGCAACAUCGGUACGGGAGAGAACCUCUUCUCCUGCCUGAAUGAGGUGUUCCUUCAGCGGAACAUUCCAUGGAGGAACGUUAUUGGGUACAGCUCCGACAACCCACCGGUCAUGAUCAGUAAAUCGAACUCUGUGCUCUCUCGCGUUCGAGAGAAGAACCCCGAUGUUGUAAACGUAGGGUGUGUGUGCCACAUCAUGAGCACGUGUACACAGUACGGGGUAAAGAAGUUGGGUGUGCCGGUUGAGGAGGUGCUGCAGGACGUGUUCACGCACUUCCAACACAGUUCCAUGCGACGGCAGAUUCUUCAAGAAUUCCUGGACUUCAAGAACACAGACAACUACAAGCUCGUUCGUCACUGCAGCACCAGAUGGCUAUCAUUGCAGUCAUGCGUUGAGAGGUUCCUUCAGCAGUGACCCACGCUGACAGCUUACUUCCAGAGCCAUGAUGACGCUGAGAAUCGUGGCCGCAGGGUGGCUGGCAUGGCCCAGAACCUGCAAGAUCCACUACUGGCUCUGAGCUUCCGGUUCCUUGCGUUCAUCUAGGUUCCAUUGAAAACGUUCAACACCCAGUUUCAGAACGGCGAUUCCAUGGAGGGCUACCUCCACGGAGAGAUUGUACUUGUCAUACGCACGUUCAUAGGGAAGUUCGUCAAGACGUCAGCCAUCAACAGCGCAAGUGCCAUGACAAAAGUCGACUUCAGCUGCCGAGAGAACCAACAUGACGACGAUCUCCUGGCAGUCGGCAUGGCAGCUCGUACCUACCUGGCCGAGAAUGAGGAUGUCCACCCAGAACUUUGAGCGAAGUUUUUCAGGAACGUUCGUGACUUCUAUGAGGAAAUGACCAGUAAGAUGAUAGGCAAAUUCCCAUUGACAGAUGCCAUCUUGCAGUCACUCUCCUUCCUUCAUCCUGAGAAGAGGGAGACGGUUUCUCCGGAAACAGCUGUCUUGUCGACUCGCCGUUGGACAUCCCGACGUAAUCCAGGAAGAAUUCAUCAACUUCCAGCUACUGUCACCGUCAGCCUUGCCGCCACAUGAGAUGGAGAUGAUGUUGGAUCCCUUCUGGGCGGGAAUAGGUGAAAUGAAAACUCCGCUGCAGAAACCACGCUUCCCCCAGUUGUUUCAGCUGGCCGUCGCUGCGAUGACGCUGCCACACUCCAACUCUGACCCGGAGCGUUGUUUCAGUGUUUUGAAGAAAAUUCAGCGGAAUGACAGAGAGAACUUAGCCAUGACAACGAUCGAAGCUCUGUUGAGUUUAAAGUUCAACAAAAAGACAGCGUGCUUCGACACUAAGAUCACGAGUGAAAUGUGUGUAGCAGCGAAACAAGUGUGUAACUAAUGUGUGACUGUCCAGAUUUUAAGUUGACGAUCUACCGGUACUGUUUUGUUGUAUUUGUUUUAUUGUGAUUGGUUGUAUGUAUUGUGAAUUGAUUUGAGUUGACGAUCUAACGGUACUGUAUUGUUGUAUUUUUUAUUAUAUAAAUGUUAUAAAUGAAUAAAGGCGUAUAAACAACUACGCGUUACACACCGGUCUUAAUAACAAUAAUGCAGUGACGUCACCAUCUAUGUUUAGAACGCUUACACUGAAAACACGUGGCUUGUAUCUAGUAACGGAAGUAGUAAUGUUUAAUUUGACGUUAAAAGAUCACGUGUAUUUCAGAUACGCUUUCGAACUUUUGCAAUUAAAGAUGCGAAACAAAAAAAAACGUACCAAAAAUGCAUAUGUCUAUAAAUAUCGCUACAUUUUAUACAUGUCCUGGAAAAUCGGCAAAAGUCCCGGACAAUUUAACUCAAUGUCCCGUAAUUGGUCUGAAAAAUUAUGGCAUGUAUGCACAAUGUCCACAGUUACAUGUUAAUAUUUGUUGUUUUUGGGUACAGUUUUCCAGAGUUAUUUUACAUUGGGUAUCUGAUGAUUUCUGAUGAAGUUUUAUCUCUGUUUUUUACCCUGGCCUUGAAAACACCAUUUAAGGAUAAAGAAUAGAAGUGAUGUAUACAAAUCAUAGUUGUGUUGGGUUAUAAAAUGUAUAGAUUUAAGUUGUACUGUCAUGUUAUUCUAUGAUUAUACUUGAUUGUUAUAUAUUACGAAAAUGUAAUAUUUGUGGAUGUAUGUUGCCAA